CGCUGCCCUCCCCGCCCUCCGCCGGCUGUGGAGCGUGCGGCAGAGGCCGGCGAGUGGGGACGCGGAGGCCUGGCUUCUCCGCGAGCCGCUCCGCGCCGCCCCGGAGCCCGCGCGGCCGCCAGCCCGUGCGCCCCGAGCGCCCCCCGCCAUGGAGCCCUCGCACAAGGACGCCGAGACGGCGGCGGCGGCCGACCCCCGGGGGGCGUCGUCGUCCAGCGGGGUGGUGGUGCAGGUCCGCGAGAAGAAGGGCCCCCUGCGCGCCGCCAUCCCCUACAUGCCCUUCCCCGUGGCCGUCAUCUGCCUCUUUCUCAACACUUUCGUGCCUGGACUGGGGACCCUUGUCUCAGCCUUCACUGUGCUGUGUGGAGCCCGCACGGACCUCCCUGACAGGCAUGUGUGCUGUGUCUUCUGGCUGAACAUUGCAGCAGCCCUCAUCCAGAUCCUCACAGCCAUCGUCAUGGUGGGCUGGAUCAUGAGCAUCUUCUGGGGCAUGGACAUGGUCAUCCUUGCUAUUUCGCAAGGGUACAAGGAGCAGGGCAUUCCUCAGCAGCUGUGAGCCCAUGGGACCUGCCGGGGAAGCCCAGAGUGGCCCUAAGGAGGCUUCACCAGGCAGCUCUGGGCCCAAGGACCUUUCCAUGCUCUCUUCUGCUGUGUCCUGGAUUUGGGGUGAAAAGGGGGUAUUUUAAAGAAUAUAUUAUUUAUUUUGAAAACUUAUCUGCUUUUCCCAGCCAGCUCUGAGGGCUGCUGGCUCCCCCUCCUGCUCGGGAAAGCAGUGUAGGCACCUGAAGCAUCCGUCAGGGAGCAGGGAGGCAAUGAGCGUGUGGGCACAGACAGGCUGGGCUGCUUCGACUUAACCUUGCUCAGCAGAGCCUACUGCUUGCUGCUGGGCAACCAGCUGUCAAACAGGGUCUCUGUGGGCCCUGCCAAGGUGACUGAGAGCAAUUUCCAUGCCCUUCAUGCCUCACUGGGUUUCCUUGCUCUGUGGUCUCCAGGGGACAGCAGCAGGGUGGGAGUGAGGAUGGCCGGAUGCCUGGCCCUGCAAAGGGCCUGUACUCAUGGCUGGCCCAGGGCCGUGUCUGCCUGCUUGCUGCUGAGAGCUGUGGUUGGGCGGGUCUUGGCUUUGUUUCCCUGUACGAGGGGGCAGGGAUUCCACCCCCCAGGCACAAGCGACAGAGGUGCCAGAAGUUCAGGCACAAAGGUGCCAUACUGAGGCAUGAGGGGGCAUGCCACAUAGUCUUCUUCAGAGUGUGCAGUGCUUCUCCUGGUCCUCACGGCUUUCUCUGAAGUUCUCAGAGCGACAUGAAUCUCCAGGUGCAGAACUUCCUGCACCCCAACUAGUGCAUGCACACUUCUGCCGAGAAUCAUGUGAAGGUCGGAUGGGCCGGGAUCAGUGAGAACUGCAAAUAACCUCACCUGUUCAGGUUCAGUUUCACCACUAAGUAAGUCACGGGGAGAAAGUGACUGGUGGAUGGCUCAUGGGGCUCCAGAACAUGAAGUGAUGCUGCAAGGUUGUGGGCCUGGAUCUGAAAACCCUACAUCAAGCAGGAGCGCUGGAGGCUGGAGGAGAUUGUCGGUGACGCACACGGUCCUUGGGCGCCUAGGGAACGUGCGCUUGCACAGCUCCUCUGUAAGCAACUGUUAUAAAGUUAGGUCCCUGGUAGAGACAGAGACCGACAGGUGUGCGGGUUCCUGUGGUCAGGUGCCCGUCUGCAGUGAUGUGAAAAGAGAUUCCCACUGACAGCACCCGGACGGCUAUUUUUACCUCUCUUCCUUGCACUCUUCUAAUGCAGAAGGCAUUCACUGGGGCUGCUCCUCAAGAGGCGCUUUUUGUCUGUCAAGGCUCAGUCAGGAGAAUGACCUGGCCAUCUUAUCCACUGCUAGAUGGGGGAAAGUGAGAAGCAGGGCCACCUCACCAGGCAUCUAGCCCACCUAUCCUGCACUUUGCUUGGCAACCAAAGUCCUGCUAGGGAGCGGCAACUAACAGCUUCCUGACUCCCCAAGAAUCUCUUCCUGUCCCUGGUUCUCUCUGGCUUGACAGAGCCACCUGCCCACUUUGCCAAGCCCUUCAGAGUCCACUGACCCUCAGGUCCUCUGUCCUUCACAGCCCAGGCUAGCUGUGCAUUUGACCCUAGGCAGUGUCUUGGCCUCCUCCUGCCCCUUCCUUGUGACCUUACUGAACCCAGGUUUUGGGGGGCUCUCUCCUGUCCAGAGCCCUCAGUAUCUUGAGGUCUGGGGUCUGAUUUGGUUUUGUGCAGAGAACCUGAGCCUUUAGCUCUGUGCACACUCAUCCUCCAGCAGGCAGGGAUGCUCUCUAGGAAGCUGAAUCAGAGAAUGGAGCCACCCCUAGGAUCACCCCUAGGAUGAUGCCACUCCACAACUUCCCCAUGCAGCCCACUGCCCAUACCUACCCCAGCCCACCAGCUCCCUGCCACUACCCAAGUGACAAGUCUCUGAGAGGCUGCCCCCAAGGGGAGAGGACAAUCUCAUUCUUCUGGUUGGGGCUGGGGGUAGCUGCUAAGGGAGUAGCAAAGAGAAUAGUUGAUGUCACAUGUUCAGCGAUACAAUCCAGACUCAGGCAGGGUUUCCUAGAGUGGCAGGUGUCACCACAAGUACCCAUUUGGGAUGGUUUAAUACAGGGGUAUGUGCUUGGAAGUCCCUCCCCUGUUCACAAAAUCAAGAGCUUGCAGCCUGGGGCCUCUCCACAGAGAACUGGAUUCAAGGAGCUAGGAGGCCAUACUAGGCACCUGUUGCUGGACAAUGCAUUUGGGAAGGUGACUAGGGGUAGGGCCAGCUCAAAAUAUCAGCCCUUUGAGACACCAUGGUCUCAGCAUUGGCCUCAGAAGAAGGGGUGAUGAUAGCCACCUGGGCCAUCAGAGAGCUGUGUUCGUGUAGGAGACUACAGCUGGCUGAAGAGCAGAGAGCUCUGCCACUAGCAGGCACUUAAAUGGCUUGGGGGCUCCUGGUGACAGUGGGGCUUUGCCUGUCUUGCUCAAAGGCUAGCACAAGAUGACAGUGCAGAGGUGCAGGGCCCCUUCCCCUCCCAGCCUCUUGAAGGUCAGUGUAUGGCAGAUGCUGCCUAGCUGCAGGAGUCAUAGUGAGUGAGACACUUCAGGCCUAAUGGUGACACUGUGGCAAGAGUGGGACCCUGAUGCUAGGUGAGGCCUCUGGCAGCUGGGGUGUCCUGGGGAGCUGUUGAGGACUUCAGGCUGAGAUGCCCAGGUGGUAGGCACAGCAGGAGCCAGUGGCACCCAUGGGGCUUGCCAUGCUGAUACACUGCUGGCCUUCCCCUGGGCGAGUGCUGGCUGGGAAGGAAGGAAGGGACAGGCAGCAGGGUCCCCUCCCUCUGCUGCCCCAGACCCACAUGACUACAUAAACAGCCCCACAUGCUGGCCCUGCCCAUUGCCCUUCCCUAUGCUGAGUUCUCCAGAGGUUCACAGAGGCUACUAGGCCAGGGCUCACAGGGGCGGAGCUGGCAGUGGCCCCACAGCAGGGGCAAAGUACCCGCAGCCCUGCCCAGAGGAGGGAGACAUCGGAGAGUGGGAGACCCAGAGAGGUUCCUCAGGAAAGGUCUUUACCCCACAGACAUAGGAAGGUGAAAGAAACCAACCUCGGGAAGGAGCCCCCCGGCCAUCACCCCACCCUAUAGUGCUCCCUGUCCUCAGUUUUCCCCUAAGCCCACACAUGUGGGCUUAAGCAGGACCCCCUGAGGGUCUGAAAUGAUGGGUUUAGAGUAGGUCUGGCAUUUGGAGCCACCUGGUCCUACCCCAAAGAGCAGGUCCCUGCUUUUCCCACCAUGCAGACACACAGCCCACAGGGGAGUCAGCCUCCUCCUGUCCCCAUGCUGGCUCCCACGGCCAUCUCAGGCCCCCACUGAGGUCACGAUGCCUUUUACUGUGUUAGCAGUGUUUGCAAAGAAAGUUGGAAUAUGAGCGUAAAUUCUCUGGCUAGUGAUUGGAAGUGUAGUUUAUGGUCACUGUCUCCCCUCUUGCUGGCAUCCUUUGAAGGUCCCAUCACAAGGGCUGAGGGAGGAGGCUUUCAAGGCCCCCCAACUCUCCAGCAAUUCCCCCCAGGAGUCCCCAACCUCACAUGGGGUUGGGGACUUCAGGUGUGGGGCACUUCCUUGCCCCUGGACAGAGAAAGCACCCUGAGUGCCAGUGCCAGUCAGGUGGUCCUUUUUCAUCAGAUGGUGGUUUUAUAAAAACAUCAGGCUGAGCAGGGACUGAGAGCUUUCCUCAGCUUUCUUCUAAGUAUCACUUUAGAGGUCCCAGGGUUCCAGAGAUGGGGAAGCUCUUAUGCUCACAGUACACCCCACCCUACACCUCAUGACACAAAGAAAUGGGAUCCAGGGGCUGGGGAUUUAGCGCAGCGGCAUAAGCACCUGCCUUGCAAGCAGGCGGUUGUGAGUUCGAUCCCCGGUACCGAUAAAAAAAAAAAAAAAAAGGAAGAAAUGGGAUCCAUUUCAGCCAGAGUGGCCCCAAGUGCCCCCCAUAUGCCAGGAAUGAGUGCUGGCCUCAGUUCUAUUAGGGAUGUCUUGGGCCUCAGUUUAACCUGCAAUGGACCCUGGGCAGCUAUCAUGUAUUCACAUUUCUGUCAAAGCUGAGGAAGUGGAAGAUCUGGCCCUUCCUGGCACACUGGGCUCCCAUCACAGAGCUGCCUCUAAAAUUCCAGGCCCCUCCUGGGACUGUCUGAGGGUGGAAAGGCACAGUUUGUGUGUAUGCUGAGCUCCCAGUGCAAAUUCUAAAGUCUUUCAUUUGGGUUAACUGGGGACCUGAGUUCUCAGCCCCUCUCCCUGGAUCUACCACAGUGCCCAGCACACAGGUUGGUCUGGGCUCCCCAGUGGCUGCCACAAUUUUACCCAGGUGGGCAGGGGUUCGCAGGUGCACACACCCACACACCCACAUGCACACAGGCAUGCACGCAUGCGCCCACAUAGCCCCCUGACUGCUGAGCAAGCAGGACAGCUCCGCUGGGAGAUUGGGGAUUGGAAACUCUUACCAGGAGCCCACGCCCCCUUUCUGAGGGACCCUCUGCUCUCAGGACAGAUAUAUCCAUGUCCCUUCCCCCCAUAGGGCCCUCAUCCUCCUGGGGCCUCUGAGUGCGGUCCCCCACCACCCACCCUGGCUGUGUUCAUCCCCACGUCCCUCGGCGUGGCCUCUGUGGGAGAGGACCCAAUGGAACACAGGAAGACAAGAGGAGUGAGUCCUCUGCCCAGGGCCUCUGGGGGCUGGGACAGUCUUCUCUCCUGAGACCUCACUCUGUCCCCAGGACCCACUCCUUGCCUCCAGCGAUGGAGAAAGGGAAGAAGGGGUGAGGGUACCCAUGGAAACCUGUGGCUGUCCCUUUUCAUGACUUAAGUCCCACACAUCAUACAUGGCACCGUUUUAAGGACCACCCAUGUGAAAACAGGCUCGGAGCGUAUGCAUGGAGUGCGUGCUGUGCUGAGACCUGCAGGGGCCGGCACUGCACUGGACUCAGGAGCCCUGCUUUUCUGCUAAGUGAGUCACUGUCCAUCUCUAUCGUUCUCAGACAGUCCUCACUAUGGCCUCCCGUGCUUUCUCAGAUCACUUCAACCCAGCUCCACCAGGGACCCCAGUGCACCCCAGAGGAUAGUUCCAGGCCAUUUCAAAGACUGGAGAUUUUCUCAGAAGGAAAUAACUAAUGUUGGAGACCUAAGGCAGUUUCCAGACUUGCUCCAGCCCAGACCUUGCCACCUGGGCCGCAGCCUGCUGCAGCAUCCAUAGGCCUGCAUGCUCAGGAGUCUCCAUAUGCACCCCAAGGAUCUGAGCAGGCUCCCCAUUUCUCCAGCCUCCUGCCAGCUUUGAACUCCUUCACUUGAGCAGUGUCACCAUCCCUGUCAUGAGAAAUAAAACCCAUAUACAUAUCUUCAUGUAUAUAUUUAUAUAUACACCUUUGUUCCCCUUAUACAUACAUAAGGCAUGCAUCUCUUUGACAUUCCAAGUUUGUGGGUUUUUUUAUCUUGGAAUAUGACUUUGGAAACCUUCUUUCUCUCCCUCUUUUCUAUGUAAUAAACAUUCACACGACCUUUCUGGUGGUUCUGA